AGUUGCUGGUUCAUCACACAGUUUCAAAGAUGGCUCUUGCAAGUGUGUUGAGCAGUGAUUGUGCGAAAUUUUCUUUUGAUAAUUGUGAACCUGAUAGUUUCGGUUGUGCACCCGGACAGAGCGGUCUUGGAUUUGACGCUACGCCGGGAGACGGUCUGAGUUUCUCCGUCAGAAACCCGCUGUGUGCCGUGGAUGAGGAUGGCGUCGAGAGGAAAAUCGAGUUCCUGCAUGGAACCACCACCUUAGCAUUUAAAUUCCAGCAUGGCGUCAUCGUGGCGGUGGACUCCAGGGCCACAGCGGGCGCCUACAUCGCCUCGCAGACGGUGAAGAAGGUGAUCGAGAUCAACCCCUACCUGCUGGGCACCAUGGCUGGAGGAGCCGCAGACUGUAGCUUCUGGGAGCGCCUGCUGGCCCGCCAGUGCCGAAUCUACGAGCUCCGCAACAAAGAGCGCAUCUCUGUGGCAGCCGCCUCCAAGCUGCUCGCCAACAUGGUGUACCAGUACAAGGGCAUGGGCCUCAGCAUGGGAACCAUGGUGUGCGGCUGGGACAAGAGAGGACCAGGGCUGUACUACGUCGACUCCGAGGGGAACCGGGUGUGCGGUGACCUCUUUGCAGUCGGCUCUGGCUCCAUGUACGCUUACGGCGUGAUCGAUAGUGGCCUGCGACAGGACCUUACCGUGGAGGAGGCAUGCGAGCUCGGCCGCCGCGCCAUCUACCAGGCCACGUACCGUGACGCCUACAGCGGGGGGCAGGUCAACCUGUACCACGUCCACAGCGAAGGAUGGACCAGGGUCUCCCAGGAAGACGUCCUCAUGCUGCACCAGCAGUACAAAAGUCAGGCAUAGUGCAGACCAGAAAGUGCAGAGAAAAUAGGUCGGGUUCGGAGUUUAUUCUAGUAUCUGUUUAAAUUGUUCCAAAAUGUCCAUAGGGUUGACACAUGAAUAAAAAAGGACUCAAUUGAUUUCCACUUCUGUGACCUUUCUUCAUUUGUUGCUAGCUUCAAGCUUUAUAUUGUACAUUUUUAACAAUGCCAGCAAGCUCCACUCACCCCGCACUCGGUAUGAUUUGAGGUGCUGAAGCAAAGAAGAACGAUGACUCAAACGUGCUUGUAAUAAAGUGUGGGAGUAGUGUGGUGCUUGCCCUACAUAUGUACAUUUAAUUUGGAUCCUACCCUGUGAAUCUUCUUUCUCAAUAAAACCUGUGAUGUUCUUUUUUC